GCUGCCUUUUGGAAGCAGCGAGGAUAGCCCCUCUCUCUCUCAGCCUCCCAUCCUCUCCACUCCUCCUUGGCCAUGGCUGCCCACUGCUCCUCCUUCCUCGUUCCUUUCUCCAUCCGCUCCUCUUCUUCACAAGGGAAAGCUUCCAAGCCCGUGAAGCUCAGAGACGACUGGAGGCAGCGCUCCAAGCCCAUUCCUCCCGGCGGCGUGUACCCCGCUAAGGAUCAUUGCAGUCGGUGCGGGCUGUGCGACACUUACUACAUCGCUCAUGUGAAGAAUGCGUGCGCUUUCUUAGGAGACGGCAUGUCCCGGAUCGAGGUUUUGGAACCAACAGUCCACGGAAGAGGAAGACAAGAGGGCUCGGACGAGACAUACUUUGGUGUUCAUGAAAAGUUGUUGUAUGCUAAAAAGACUAAGCCAGUAGAAGGAGCUCAAUGGACAGGAAUUGUAACAACAAUUGCAGUAGAAAUGCUGAAAUCUAAGAUGGUGGAAGCUGUUGUUUGUGUACAGAGUGACCCAGAGGACAGACUUGCUCCAAGACCUGUAUUGGCGAGGACACCUGAUGAAGUUUUUGCAGCAAAAGGCGUUAAGCCAACACUAUCUCCUAAUCUGGAUACCCUUGCUCUAGUUGAGGCAGCUGGAGUAAAGCAUCUUCUUUUCUGUGGUGUGGGGUGUCAAGUGCAAGCAUUAAGAUCAGUUGAGAAACAUCUGGGCUUGGACAAGCUUUAUGUUCUGGGUACCAACUGUGUGGAUAAUGGAACUCGUGAGGGGCUAGAGAAGUUCUUAAAGGCUGCAAGCAGUAGCCCAGAAACUGUUUUACAUUAUGAAUUCAUGCAAGAUUACCAGGUUCACAUAAAACAUUUGGAUGGCCAUAUUGAAGAGGUUCCUUACUUUUGUCUUCCAGCUAAUGAACUAGUUGAUGUUAUCGCACCAUCCUGCUACAGUUGCUUUGACUAUACAAAUGCAUUGGCGGACUUGGUGGUGGGCUAUAUGGGUGUGCCAAAAUAUUCUGGAUUAAGCAUGACUGAGCACCCACAGUAUAUCACUGUCAGGAAUGAACGAGGAAGGGAAAUGCUUAGCCUGGUAGAAAAUCUUUUGGAUAUCACUCCUACAAGAAGCAGUGGAAACAGACAACCGUUUGUCAUGGAGACUGUUAAAGCUGAUGAUAAGGCGAAAUUAGGGAAUGGUCCUUCUCAGCCAGCUCCUAGGUUGAUUGGUAACAUUAUAGCAUUUCUUCUAAACUUGAUUGGUCCAAAGGGUCUGGAAUUUGCUCGCUAUUCAUUGGAUUACCAUACAAUAAGGAACUACUUGUAUGCAAAUCGACAAUGGGGAAAGCAAAGAGCUGACAGGCACAUCCCCUCCUAUGCAAAGAGGAUUGUGGAAACUUAUAACACCGAUGGGCGUAUUAAUAGGAUGCUUUCAGAAGAUUGAUUUGUCACUCUGUAGGUACUCAUCUGCUCUCCAACCAGAUGGUAGUUAGCGCAAAUAAUGAUUAGGAAUGUGGAAUCCUUACUUUACUGAAAGUUUAGUUGUAUCAUAUUUCCUAGCUUAUUCAUUGCUUAUCAGUUCAAUGAGGACUGCGGUAUUGUUGGGUGCCCUUAAAAUAUCUGUAUUCAUAACAACCAUUUUGCUUGUUUCAUAAAUGAGGCCUACGUUUUUAUACUUUUGGAAA